AUGGGGGCACCGCAGCAGCAGCGUGGCUCCCUCGUGGGGCCUCGGGGGCCCCCCUUUUCCCCUUUUUCUUUUCUUCUAAUCUUUCUCUAUUUGAUUUUGUCUCCUCUUGUCUUUUUGCCAAUCUUGGGGGGCCCCAGCGGCGUGUCGUUUGCUGCAGCAGGGCCUGCGGAUCGCGGCUCCCCUGCUGCUGCUGCUGCGGAUCCUUCUGCUGCUGCUGCUGCUGCUGCAGCCGCCCCUGCAGCUGCUUCUGCUGCCGCCCUUCCCGGAGGGGCUGGUGCAGCGGCAGCUGCAGCGCCUGCUGCGGCCCCCGCUGCUGCUUCGGCCGCAGCUCCCGCUGCAGCUGCGGCUGAACCCCGCGCUGCAGCUGCUGCUGCAGCUCGCGCUGCACCUUCUGCUGCAGGCGCUGCUGCAGGCGCUGCUGCGGCGCCUGCCGCAGCCGCUGCUGCAGGUGCCGGCGCAGCAGGAGCUGCAGCAGGAGGCGCAGCAGCCAGCAGCGCGGGGGCGGGGCGGCCGCGCUCGCGGACAGCAGCAGCAGCAGCAGCAGCAGCAGCAGCAGCAGCAGUGCGGACGCCGCCGGGGAGCGUGGCGGAGGCGGAAGCAGCAGCAGCAAAGUGGGUCUGCGGGCCAGACACAAACCUUUAUUUCUUUAUUGCAAAUCCCACUUCUGGGGAUCGACUUGGGGAGAAGUUUUUGAAAAGAUUGCCCUUGGGAGCAGCAGCAAUUGGCUGCAGCAGCGUGAUGGUCUUUUCGCAGAAAGAUGCUGCUUCGAUGUCUUUGGCGCUGCGCUACAUCGCAGCAGCAGCAGCAACUCGCGAGCUGCUGCACCUCGGCCGCCAGCAGCGGGAAGCAGCAGAAGCAGCAGCAGCAGCAGCAAAGGCGGCAGCAAAGCUGCAGAAGGCGCGGGCUGCUGCAGCGGGCGGCGGCGCGGGCGCCGCCGCUGCUGCUGCGGGGGCGGAGGAGGCCGCUGCUGCAGCAGCAGCAGCAGCAGCAGCAGCAGCAGCAGCAGCAGCGGGAGGCGCAGCAGCAGUGCCGCUCUCGGACCGCGUGCGCGUUAUUGCUGUUGGAGGCGACGGAGCGUUCAACGGAAUGCUGCAGUCUUUGAAGAGUUUCAAACUGGUGGAAAACGAAAAAGAAAUAAAUAAAAAUAAAAAAAAUAGAAAUAAAACUUUCCAAAAUAUCAACUUGAACUUCGUUGCUGCUGGCAUUGUGCCCUCCGGCACGGGAAACGACUGGGCCAAUUCUUACGGCUGGACCCGGGCCAGUUUCCCCCGCAAAAACCCUCUCCGCAGAAAAAACUUCACGCGGCUGCUGAACACUCUGGAGUCUUCGGUGUUGGCGCAGCACGACUGCUGGAAAGUAACAGUAGCAGCAAAAAAAGGGUUUAGGGCUUUUAGUGCUGCAGCGCAGCAGCUGCAGCAACUUGGCCCAGACCGCCACGGCAGCGAACUCAAGAAAACCUUCUUCAUGAGCAACUACUUCAGCCUCGGGUUCGAGGGUUUGGUGGGCACGGACUUCGACCGCGUGCGGGGCUCUUCGCGUUUGUGGAACCGGGGGGUUUAUUUCUUUUUGUUUUUGCGCCAUUUAAAAACAAAACCCUUUUUAUGUUCUCGAAUUGACACAAUUUAUUCUUUCAAUCCAAACUUUGUUGCUCUCCUCAGCAACAGCAGCAGAUACACCCGAGUCCCCUCGCUCAAGCCCUGCGUCUCCAUCACCUUCAUGAACUCCCUCACAAUGUUCGGGGGGAUCAAAAUGUGGGGCCCCUCCAUGAAGGUGGGCCUCGAGCCCCCUGCGGUUCUUUCGGGGCUCCUGGGGGCCCCCCAGGGGGCCCCCCAGGGGGCCCCCCAGAAAGCUCCCGAGGGGGCCCCUGAGGGGGCCCCUGAAGGUGGCGGUGGUGCUGCUGCGGGGGCCCCCGAAGGAGCAGCGGAGGGGAUGGCGGCUGGGGAGGGGUCGCCCAGAAAGCCUGCAGCAGCAGCAGCAGCAGCAGCAGCAGCAGCAGACUAUUCUUUGUAUUUAAAGGAGCUGCUGGCAGCUCGCCAAGACCCUGGAGAUGGAAAGGUGGAAGUUUUCUCCAUGGGGUCCACUGUGGACUAUGUGCAGGCCCAAGCUGUGGGAGCCAACGCGGCGCAGCGGCUGCUGCAGGGAAAAGGUCCAUUUUUUGUGACUUUUAAAGAUGAAGAAGAAAAAGAAAUGCCAAUUCAAGUGGAUGGAGAGUUUUAUUUAGUUGGUGGGAUUGAAAGUGUGUUGGUGCAGCGGCUGGGGGCGUUCGGAGUGCUGCAGUAUGUGCAGUAG